GAGUAUACAGUAUUUUCUGAUAAAUUCAAUCUAGUUUCGCCGUCAGCAGAGAUCAAUCUUGCCUUGCCUGUGUCUUAUACCAGCUGCUGUCCUUUGUGUGCCAAUCAGAAUCGCCAAAAGGACAAACGUUAUAAAAUUAGCCUUUUAUGGCGAAUGAAGUGUCAAUGAGAAUAGAAUUGCUGGUAGUCCUUUAAUUACUGCUAUGUUCAGGGGGAGUUCUUACAGUGAGGAAAAAGGGGAUAAAAGCGAAGUUUUUCCCUCUCUAUCUCCGAUUGCCCCUCCUUUUUUGGGGGCGUUAGCAAGGUUCGCAUUAAGAUGUAUCCCUUAUUCCAUGCCUUUUUGCUUUAGAUUAUAAGUCGCAGAGUUUCUCCUUGUAAACUGUCAAAUUUGAAUUUAUAUUGUUUGAAAUCUUUGUAGGAAAGGGGUGUAGAUUGAUUGACUCCAAAUGUGUUUUUUCGUUUGUUUAACCUUUAACUACCUCCCCCAACUCUCAUUUUCUACCUAACAAAUAACCUUGGAAUUGUAAAAUAAUAGGGUGUAUAUGUACGGAGUUCAUUAUUCAAAUCAUACAAGAAUCUGGGAAUAGCACACGACUCGUGGCGCUGCGUUUAACAUAUUCUUAGCCCGCGAUGAAAGAAGAAGCUGUGGACGAAAUGGCAGCCGAUAAAGACGAAUCUGAGAUCAAAGCACUAUGGGUAACCUUUGUUGGAACCUCUACGUUUCACGGGCUUCACUACCUGUUCGAUGCCUUGUCGCGACUCAGGAAAUUAGCAUGGGCUUUGCUGCUAUUGGCUGCCUUUACAGUCUUUGUAAGACAGAUCUUAUACGGCUACACAAAGUUGCAAAAACACGAAGUUUUCAUUACAACUGAGUUCAAACCAAACGUCGAGCUCACAUUUCCCGCCGUCACUGUCUGCAAUGUAAAUAUGAUGAAAAAAAGCCAUCUCCUGAAAACGGAAGCCCAGACCUAUCUAGACGGUACGGAUUGGCGCCAUCCUAACAUGAGACAACUGUACAAGGCGUAUAACAAGUCGUACAACCUGGAGAAAGCCGUGCAAGACUAUGGACAUGUGUACUCUGAUAUGAUCAAGAAAUGCCAAUUUAUUGGUCAAGCCUGCGACAAGGUCUUUGAAAUUCGUACAUUUAUUGAUGCCAAGAAUGGCCUCUGUCAUACAUUGAACUCGGGAAAAAAUAUGACAAUUUACAAAACAGGCGCAAGUUAUUCAUUAUCACUUCUGCUUGACGCCCAGCCCGAAGAGUACUAUGGUCGUUUUUCCAGAGAGGGCACUGGAUUCAUAAUAGUUAUUCACAACCAGUCCGUUUCUCCAAAUCCUGAAUACAAUGGCAUAACCGUGUCUCCUGGUUUCAAUACGCAGUUUAAGCUGGAAGAGAGACGGGUCAUGAGGCAGCCUUUUCCCUAUUCCUCUAAAUGCUCGUCAGAGGUAACUGACGGCUACAUUCUCACCCGGGAGAGAUGUUUGCUGCGCUGUAGGGUGGAGAAAUUAGCGGAAGAGCUUCAAUGUCGAGUCAUCGGAACACCUCCUGAAAUGUACCCAAAUAUGCGACUUUGCGGUGCCAAGGAGAUGGUCGAAAACAUCUCGCGUAUAAUGACUGAGUUAAAAGAGGAGAGAGACUGCAAAUGUUCUCCGCCUUGUGAUGUCACAACCUACGAUGCUCAAAUCUCCAGCACAUAUCACCCGUCCCAGUCCCAAUGGUCAUUUGUGAGUGACACCAUUAAGAACCAGUACAACAAAUACAACGCGACCAACAUUACACAGGCAAACCGAAUGUCUUUCCACGAAUGGUACAGAAAUCGAUUCGCUAGUCUCAACUUUUACUUUGGUUCUUUGGUAACGGAGAUAACAAGAGAAGUUCCUGCAUAUGAGUUCUGGGACUUUGCAAGUGACUUUGGCGGCAACAUGGGUUUGUUUCUCGGCUGCAGCGUUCUGACCCUCUGCGAAUUGUUCGAUGUCAUUAUUCUCACUAUUGUGAGAUGGUUUAAAAGAAAGACAAGGAUUAUGAAUGUAGCUGGUGCUGUAUCUUAAUGACACGUACGGAUCAGACCAGUUAUCGUCCAACAUUUCCUGAACUCUUGCAUGUAAAUAGAUCACCGUCCAACAUUGCCUAUACCCCUGCGUGUAAAUAGGGCAUCGUCCAACAUUUCCUGAGCCCCUGCGUGUAAAAUAGAUCAAUGUCCAACAUUGCCAGUACCCCUGCGUGUAUAAGGAGAUUCGUCUAAAACUUCCUGUACCUUUGCAUGUAAAAAGAGCAUCGUCCAACAUACCUUGUACCCCUGCGGGUAAA